AUGCCUGUCGUCGCCGCCACCUGGACGCUGCAAAGCACGCCCUCCCAAGCAGCCGAGUCAUGCUUCGGUCUGCAGCAGGAGGGCGGCGAGUCCGUCUUCGAAGACGAGCGCCAACUCGUUGACCCCAUGCACCUUGCCCCGGGGGCAACCAUCGUCAAGCUCUUCAUGCACUACGCCGGCCAGUCCCCCAAUGACACCCGCUACGCGAUGGGCACGGGCUGGCUUAUCCGGGACGACCUCCUCGUGACAGCAGGCCACUGCGCCUUCGACUGGAAGGAGGGCUUCGGCCGGGCCAACGAGGUCAAGGCCUACAUUGGAUACAACGGGAAAGGGUCGAUCGACAACCCGUCGGCGAACGUGCAGUUCCGGCACGGGGUGCGCAUCGUCACCACCGAGGGGUGGCUGCAGUCGUCCUCGAACCGCCACAACGACGUGGCCUUCAUCCAGCUGGACCGUCCCUUCACGGCGGUCACCCCGUUCCAGUUCUCCGACACCCCCGUGGCGGGCUCCGACUCGAUCGGGGUGGUCGGGUACCCUGGGGAUAUGCGGUACAAGGGCGAGCCGGGCGCGCAGAUGUACGAGGAGUUCAAGGCCGUGCAGUGGAACCGUCAGGCGGCUGCGAACCACAUGCUGGAAUAUCGGAUCGAUACUUACAAAGGUCAAUCCGGCUCCCCCGUCCUCCUCGAGAAUCAACCCCACAUCUCCAUCGGCGCCCACGUCUAUGGCGACGUAGGCAACAACUCCGCCAGUCCGAUCAGCAACAGCAGCUCCAGCACCGCGGACAACCUCGUACUCGGCAAUCCCUACACAGACUACAUUAGCGUGUUCGAGAGCUCCCAAACCUACCCCGUACAAAAGUCCGACCCGCAAACCGGCAUCCAGUACCUGCUGGUCGACCGUCUUGGCCAGCGCCAGACCCGCACCGCGGAAGAGAACUUCUGGGACGACCUCAAAGACGUCCUGCAUGUCGGCGCGCCCAUCGUCUCCGGCGCUCUGACGACCGUCAGCCCGUUCUUGGGGCCGAUCGGGGGCUCCGUGGCCGCGUUAGCUGGCACGGCCAUCUCAGCCGCGGCGCAGAAGUGCGCGGAGAGUGGGUUCGUGGAUUCCACGCCCACCACCACUACCCUUGUUAGUGGUGCCAACACCACCCUAUCUGGAGGAGGUUCGUCCCCCGGCUCGGCGCAGGAGAGUAUUCUGGCCGAAGCAGCGCUGCAAGCCUUCCUGAGAGCGGACGCGGAGAAGAUGAAGGAGCUGGGGAUCAGCACGAAGAUCAUGGUCGAGUACCAGAAGGCGGCGGCGGACGCAGAGGCGGUGGCGCCCCGGCUUCUGCCGGCGGUGGCCAUGCCCGCCGCGCUGCUGGUCGUCCAGGACGUGCUGGCGGGCACCAGCACCGAGUCCGCCAUGGUGACCUUCGGGACCGCAUCAGCGGCCAAGGUGUCUGCGCUGCGCUCGACGACAGCCACUUCAUCGUCCUCGAUGGCCUCAUUCACCGCGACGAUGGCGGGUGAGGAGAGAGAGCUUAGCGCUGAUCCCUUCACUACCCGGCUAGUCCGCGCAGCGCAGCAUUCCCCCGGAGAUGAGAGUUUCUGGAGCACGUUCAGCACGGUACUGUCGGCGGCGAGUCACGGGGUCGGCGCCGUGCAGACGGGGCUGUCGGUGGUGAGUCAGUUGAUCCCCUACACCAAGGCCAAGGGGGCGGAGAGUGCUUUCGAUUCCUUGGUUGAAGAGGAAACGCCCAUGGACCAGCAGAUGAAGAUCCUGGGCCGUCGCGCCCUGUUGGCCGGGGCGACUUUGCGCGUGCUUCGGGACUUGCCCUCGAGUCAGCUCGACCAGCUCGAACAACUCCCUCUUCCGGUUUCAGUACUGCAGCAGCAGAGUGCGCAGCAUCACGGCCUUGUGGAUGUCACUGGAGCGGAGGAGGAGAGCUUCUUCACGGCGAUCCAGUCGGCAGUGCAGAAGAUCGGGCCCUCGGUCAUGAAGUACGCCCCCGUCGUGGUCACGGCCGUGCGGCCGGUGAUCGCCGCGUUGGCGGCGCCGAAGUUGCAGCAGCAGCAGGCAGAAACGAUGGUGACGGCAUUCGGGAAUGGAGAGUCGAGCUCUGCCUCGUCGAGCGCGCGCGGAUCGAAUGGGCUGGUGGUGCCGCGCGUCGUCCGGAAGAAGACGAGUCAGAGCUUUUACGAUAAGGUUAUGGGCGCGAGUCCGACGAACGGUGUUAGUGUCCGUACUGUCGUUGUGUGA